GGAUAGAGGGCGCAAAUAACAUUACAUUGAAAUGUCCCCGGGCGCCACACUCUCUCGCUACGCCUCUGGUAUUGCCCGUGAAAAUAUGACUGGUCAAUGGGAAGACAUUAACAAAAUCAAGAAUCGUGGGCAAAAGGCUAAAUAUCACGUCGGUGAUCUCGUUCGCGUCAGUAGAGCGAAAGGCACCUUUGAGAAAGGAUACGAAGCAAACUGGAGUGAGAAGAUAUUUAGAAUUCACCGUAUUCUCGAAUGGCGAAAUCCACGUGUGUACGAAUUGAGUGAUUUAGCAAGAGAAGUCAUAGACGGGAUUUUUUACGAGCAAGAAUUGGGGAGAAUUGAUAAAGAUCUGCAAGAGGAAGAGUUCAUCGUCGAUCGUGUGAUAAAGAGUAGGGGACGUGGAACUAAUAAACAACUACUGGUUAGUUGGCGAGGUUAUCCUAGCAAAUUCGACUCUUGGAUCCCAGCUUCGAGUUUAACUCGACUACGAGAUGUCGCCACCGGAGCAAUUUCACAUGAUUCUUCCGAGCAAUAGCAGUAUGAAGUAUUUUCCGGAAAAUACUACUUCUUCUUUCAUCACUGAAUUACCUCAAACUGUAGAAUUGCAGGGGGAAUGGGAAGUCGCGCUAAGCGAGAUUCAAUUUCCCUGCAGUUUUCUUCACAUUUUAGUAUUAGAGAUGGCUCUUAAUACACAUACAUUCCAUCUGGUAGAAUUUCUUGAUGGGUUACAAAUUGUACCGGAAAAUUGGAUACAAAAUGUUAAAAAUAAAUGUUGGUAUCCAAAUUAUAAAACAGACAAGGAAAUAAAUAAAGCAAUUAAAAAACGACAAACACAUCAAGAUGAUUGGCUAUCAUGUCCAAUUAAACGAGUUUUUGGUAUAUAUGAGUCCUACAGUGAAGCACGGAGUAAACUUAAAAAGGCUGAAAUAAUAUCUGAUAUUAAUACAGAUACUGACGAAAAAACACAAAGAAAAAUCAAAGCUAAAAGAACAAUUAAUAACGAUGAUGAUAAUGAAAGCGGUGGCGAUGAUAGUGAUUAUGAAACUUGCUUACCACCAUAUCCAAAACCACCUAUAAAUACAAAUAAAAAAAAUGUACAGAAAGAAAAGGACUCAAAUAAUCAAGACAUAAAUAACCAAUCCUCAAAAACUUCAUCUUAUAAAUUAAUAUAUUCUUCUAUUGAACAGAGAAGAUGCCAUGAUGUUGAUUUAUCUGAUCAAGAAGUAACAGAUAAUACUUCCAAGAAUUGUUCUGUUUCUGCAAAAAGUUCUUUAAAUAGUAUAGGCAGAGGUACAGAGCCAAAAGAUGAAUAUAAUGCAAUAAAAUGUAAGUAAAACACAAUUCAAUAUAAUAGAGGAAAGUCGCUAAUACUAGCAUAACCCUCCAAAAGCAAUACCCCUUUAUUUCUCAAAAACAGCAUUGUACUGUAUUAAUAGUAAUAAAAAUAUAAUGUAGAAUACUUAUAUAAUUAAAGGAAUAAGAACCCAAACUUCAUAUAUUUAUGGUUAUCUUCUAUAUAAAAUUUACCAAAAACGAUUUUUUGAACAGCGAGAGUAUAUUUAGCACAAAGUCAUCUUAAAAUUUUUUUUCUUUUAGCAAUACUAAUAUUUAUACAAAUUUGUAUUAAUUUUUUAUUUUAUAAAACUAAUACAAAUGAAACAAAUCUUUUAAUGAUUAAUUAAAAAUAAUACUUCUU